AUGACUGGGCUCUCCGACCGAGUGUCGUUUCCCACUGAUUCGGUGUACAAUUCCAGUAUCGCCUCCUACUGGUCUGCCGACUCUCAGGCCCUCCACCCCUGGUGCAUCAUCCAACCCACCAACACCGACGAGGUUUCCAGGGCUCUGUCGGCACUCGUCAAGACAAGUCCCGCCGGCAACUGGGAUAUCGCCGUUCGUGGCGGUGGCCAUUCGCACUUCACCUCGAAUAAUGUUGCCCAUGGCGUCACCAUCGACAUGAGCCGCAUGAACUCGGUGGUUUACAAGAACUGCAGUGGCACUGUGUCGAUCGGAGCCGGCGCUAGGUGGGGUAUGGUGUACACCGAGAUUGAGAAGUACGGCCAGACCGUGACUGGCGGUCGCGAGGGGAACGUCGGUGUCGCAGGUCUGACUCUCGGGGGCGGCGCAUCAUUCCACACUGGUAACCGCGGCUUCGCAGCGGACGAUGUCAAGAACUAUGAGGCUGUAUUGGCUGAUGGCUCCAUCGUCAAUGUCAAUGGUGGCGAGAACCCUGAUCUAUUCAGGGCGCUGAAGGGUGGUAGCAACAACUUCGGCAUCGUCACGCGCUUUGAUAUGCAGACAUUUGCUGCUGCCCCCGGUGGUCUUUACGGGGGCCUGAUCUUCAUGGGUUACGAGCACAAGGAUGCUGUCAUGAAGCAAUUUGUCAACCUGAUCGACACCAAUGAGCAACAUCCGGAUGACACCGAAGUCGUCACGUUUGCUUACUCAAGCGAGACUUCGGCGCCGAUGAUCGCCGUCCAGGCUGUCAACACUGCAGGCGUAUCGAACUCCACCUCGUUCGCACCUCUCGCAACGCUGCCGUCCUUCUUUGACGACCGAAGCAGAAAGACUUAUGGCACACUUAUCACAACUCACACCAUGGCUGGUGGUGCAAGAAAUGUGUGGUUCUCACUUUGCUUCUUCAACAACAUAGAGAUCAUGAGGAAGAUGGCCGAGCUCUAUGACCAGCUGCUCGCCGAGUUGCAGACUCUCAUCCCGUCUCCGGAUCUCCAUCUCACCUUCGUCAGCCAGCCUUUGCCCAAGCAUUUCGCAACCAAGGGCAGCGGCAACAAUGUGCUGGGACUCGAAACCUCGCUGACGCACAACUCUAUCAUUUGGCUAGGCCAAGUGCAGACACGUACCGCUGAGCAGGAGGCCUUGGCUCAUGCGAAGCUGGCCGCCACGACUGCUGAGCUUGAGGCUUUUGCUGAAGCCAACGGAAAGGCGACCCCUUGGCGUUACUUGAACUACGUCAAUCCCGCCCAAGACCCCAUCAAAACGUAUGGAGAAGAGAAUGUCAAGUUUUUGAAGGAAGUCGCAGCAAAGUACGACCCGGCUGGCGUGUUCCAGACGCGGGUUCCUGGAGGCUUCAAAAUUUCGAAGGUCUUUGUGUAA